GCGGAAGUAAAACGUCAACAAAUGCCUCUCUGAGCUAGCAUCAUGAUGAAAUCUCACCACAAUGUCCUUAAAGUCGAAGAUAAAGUGAAUGACAGUGGACGUAAUUGUAAUUGACAUCAAGUUGUGUUGAAGCAACGGUGAAAUCAAUACGGUUAGAGUGAGUGCUGGCUCUUUUGCCACGUACACCUAGUAACGUCAGUGUCGAUGGAGCAGAGGCUGGCAGAGUUCAGAGCCAGACGACAGGCUGAAAAUACCGUGAAAAGGGAUGAAAGUGCUGGUCUGCAGUGCAUAGCACAGAAAGUAGCCGACACAGCUGCUCAGAAUGAUACAACAACAACAACAACAACAACAACAGAAAGUGCACAGACUCAAGAGACAGAAGUUAUCAGCGCUUCCAGUCAGACUUCUCCAAUAAAGGACCGUAGUGACUGGCUGCUGGACAGUGCUCUGGGAAGAUGGCUGGCUUCAAGACAAGUUAUUUUCACAAACCUCACUUUGCUCAAAGUGCUGCUGUGGCUGGUGCUGCUCGGCCUGUUUGUUGAACUAGAGUUUGGCCUGCCUUUCUUUGUCAUCUCCCUCUUCUACUGGCUCUAUGAGGGACUCCGUAGCCCAGCUGAACGCGAGCCUGGAGAACUGAGCGCUUAUUCUGUCUUCAAUCCAGACUGUCAGCCUCUGCUGGGCACUCUCACUGCAGAGCAGCUGGAGGGAGAGAUGGGUUACAGACCUCUUGCUAACAGAUGAAGCACUUGUGAUUUGCACAUUUAUAUCAAAUAAUCACAUUUUCUGUCCUUACAAAAUGUUAAUUGUAUUCAGGAAUAUUCAGGGAUUACAGUAAUGAUUUCAAUUGAUUAUUUCUGCAUUCCUUAUUAAACAUCUUUCUGUUCUUAAAAGCAGUUUAAUAGUGGCAAAACUGCAGGUUGUGAAAGAGGGCUCUGGCACAACAACUAACUAACUUUGUGCAAAAGUUUUUAUUGUUUGAAUUUUGUAGAAAUGUGGGUAUGGCAGUGAGUGAACUGGGGAAGACAGUGGCUCAUCCUUAGCCAUAUACAGUAAAAGGAUAAAGGACAUGCAGCGUUGAAAUUUUAAAUGAGAACAAAUGUUCCUUCAUAAAUGGCUUUUCAAGUUUAAUAAAGAAUUCUGAUGU